AUGAGGUCGCAAAUAUCGAGCACUUUUUUAAGACACGGGCAUCUGCCCAUACGAGAGGACGAUUGCUCGUACGUUUGGCAAGUUUCCGCUGCGAAGCGUUGCGAGUGGGUGAGGAACACCGAAGACUGCUUCGCAGACUCGGUGAUUCAGUACACGGUGCUGUUGUUCUGCUAUUUUAAAUCCGAAGACGUGGCGUUGUUUGCCUGCGGCUUGGUUCUCUUGCUUCUAUGGCUAGUCUAUUUAUUCUUAAUCUUGGGGACUACGGCGGACAAUUUUUUUUGUCCAUCACUAGCGGUAAUAGCCACUGUAAUGCGUCUAUCGGACAGCAUAGCGGGAGUGACGAUAUUGGCAUUCGGAAACGGUGCGCCUGACAUCUUCACGUCCCUCGUGUCGAGAGGCGACGGAACGAUAAUAAUGUUCACUGAAUUAAUCGGCGCGGGUGUCUUCGUAACCUCGAUGAUCGCCGGGUCCGUGGCGAUAAUUAAGCCUUUUAAAGUUUCGCUCAAAUCCUUCAUGAGGGACGCUUGUUUUUACAUCACCUCCAUAUGCUGGAUAACCUUCGUGGUAUGGGACGAUAUGGUUCACCUCUGGGAGGCCGUAAGCUUUAUUCUGGUCUACGUACUGUUCAUCGUGGCGGUCGUGAUAAUGCAGAUGUACGACGCCAGGGAAGAGAGCCUGAAAACUAGGAUCCCGAGUGUACCUGAUCCAGACGUUCUGCAUACUUACUUGGCGAACAGGGACAUAGACACCAUACCCAAGAUUCCCCCUAGAAGCCGACCUUUUGGCUUACGUGCCAAGCUAGAUGUCGCCAUUGCAGCGGAAAGAAACAGAUCUAUAAUACGGGGCGAUUCUGUCCGGUUGAGUUCGAAAAUUAACGACUAUGCUCUCGAUCGACCGAAGGGUCUCUACAGGGAAUUUUUGUACGAUGUCAAUCCGAUUAGCAGGGAAGAUUGGGAGACGUCGAGUGGGUUGUUCAAGGUUGUCUUAAUUAUACGUUCGCCUGUUAUGUUCCUACUUCAGCUGUUUAUACCGGUGGUGAACCCUACUGCCACGAAGAAGGGUUGGUCAAAGCUGCUGAAUUGCUUCCAGUUGUCCGUGACGCCUACGAUAGCGUUGUUUCUACUAAAUGUUUGGCACCAGACUAUUGGCAAAGUGUCAGUGAUACCGAUAUUUUUCGUCAUCGGCAUUGUGAUUGGUAUAAUUGUAUUUGCAAUAACCCACGUUGAUCGCAUACCGAAAUUUCAUAAUGUCUUCGCAUUCUUUGGAUUCUUAGCUGCCAUGUUGGUGGUUUAUUUGGUGGCCAGGGAGGUCAUGGCGGUACUUCAAUGCAUAGGAUACGCAUGCAGCAUAUCCGACGCAAUGUUAGGCAUCACUUUUCUUGCGUGGGGAAACAGUAUCGGGGAUCUCAUAUCGAAUAUCACCAUCGCCAGACAGGGAUUUCCGCGCAUGGGUUAUGCAGCUUGCUUUGGCGGACCGAUGUUUAACACUCUACUGGGACUGGGGCUGACUUAUGGCAUCGCUGCCGCUACCGAUCCCGAACAACAAACGAAGAUCAGGAUCAGCGAUAUGGCACCCGGUUGCAUAGCUUUUCUCUUCUGCUCUCUGAUAGCAACUAUAAUCUAUCUGAACAUUACAGGGGCUGUGGUGCGUCGCAGCUACGGUUAUCUUUUAUAUUCCAUCUAUUUAUCCUUUCUUCUCAUACAAUUCCUAAGCGAGUUGCAUGUUAUACAUCCUCUCGGUACGGAUCACAGACCCGACUGA